UGGUUCUAGUCCGUGAAAGGAUACGCAAUUCAAUACUAGAUUGCAACAUGAGUUCGGAAUUUAAAAAUGUGGUCCUCCCGCCAACGACAAAACAAAGUGAUUUCAGCAUAGAGCACAUUCUGACCAAGGCCGGUGAAAAAUAUGAACGGAAACGUGCCCGGUUCUUUCCGUUGCAGCCGGAUUCAUAUUCCUGUUCCUCGACCAAUACCUCCUCCCACAGUGAUAGCCAAAGUGACCAGGAUGAGUUGAUGGUGUCCGAGGAAGAUGACGAGGAAAUUGUGGUGGAUUGUUUGAGCCAAUCCCGGCACCAUUACCUUAGUAGUGAUCAGAUGCCGCGGGAUCAGUUCCGGCAGCAGCUGCAAACCGACGGAUUAGUGGGGGUUGCCGGUUCCGGUGCCACCGAACGGUACCUCCAGAACUGUGUUCCAAGUUUCGAUUGGCUGUACUAUACGCGCUAUCGUCCGCCGAAACUGCCAAGACCACAGAAGGCAGGCCCGGUCAAGCGGACGCCCGGCCGACUACCGCGAGUGCCUUUCACCCCGGCCCAGCUCAGUGCCCUUGAGGAUGCCUACAAAGUGUCCACGUAUCUCAGCUCCGAGGAAGCCAACCAGUUGGCCUACGGGCUGGAGCUGACCAAUACCCGAGUCAAGAUCUGGUUCCAGAAUCGGCGAGCUCGCGACAGACGCGAAAAGCGGGAAGCUUCCGCCCUGAGUAUUCCUGGAAGUUCCGAAAGUGGUGUCCGGCCGCCGAAUUCGCCCACCUCCCGCGCCCUCAUCGCCGGUGCUCAUUAUUUUGGAUCCGUACGGUCCAGCAGCUCGCCGCCACAGCCGCCGUCGGUUAAGGAUGGCGGCAACAGCAGUAGCCCCGAGUACAAACCGCCAUACUUGAUGCAAUCCAAAUGACCGCGCAUCUUUUUUUUCUGGUGCACGCGCUGGUUGGCUAUAUGUGAUAUGUGAGCAUAAUGCUCUGUAAAUAGAUUAUUUCUGACAGAAUGCGAGUUGGAAGACGGACGCAUGUGUACAUAAGAUGAAAAUUAGUUGAUGCUUUUUCUA